AUGCUGCCUCUGAGCACCAUCGAGAGCCAGGAACCCGAGGAGGUGGUGCAGACCAAGCCGCCGAAGAAAGGAGGCUUUUUUUCUAAGAAGUCUGAUGCUCUGCCGAAGAAGUCCAAGAGAAUGAAGGGAACUGUGUCCUUCAGAGUCCUGCCGUUCUGCCCUGUGGCCCCCUGGACUUCUUCGGAGCCAGCCCUGCCCGGGCCCCCAGGACCAGCGGUGAGCAAGCCGGCGCGCUCCAGCCCAGACGCCGAGCCCGAGCCCGGGUCCGGAGGUCGGUCCCGCGGCCGCAGCUCCGAAGGGUCCGGCCCUCAAGGGAGGGCCUGCCGCGUCAUGAUGCUGCCUCUGAGCACCAUCGAGGACAAGGAAAUUGAGGAGGUGCAGACCAAGCCUCCGGAGAAAGGAGCCCUGCUUUCUGAGAAUCCUGAUGAGCCUAAGAAGAAGCCCAGAGGAAUGAGGGGAAGACUGUCUUUCAAAGUUCUGCCGUUCUGUCCCAUACCGAGUGUCUGCUUCAGCUACUACGUGGAACCGGAUGACGCUGAGCCCGAGCCCGAGCCCGAGCCCGAGCCCCCGGUGGCUCCUGACGCUUCCAAGUCGGACCCGAACUGCACCGUGGUCCCCAUGCCCGUGCUGGAGUUCCGCGAGGUCAAGGUGUGCGAGUGCCCUCUGUGCUGCCUCAGCUUCGUCACCGCUUCCUAA